AUGGCAUCCAAGAAGGUGGUUCCUCAGACGUCUGACCUACUCAGAGAGAUUAGUACUCUGGACCUUCAGAAGCAGCAGGCUUCUACAGAGCUAAUGUCUUACACAACGUUGCUCGCUUCUCCCGCUGAGGCCCCUGUGGUUGUCGUAGACAUGGCGAACUUUAUCAACUUCUCUAACUUAGGUGACAAGCUCACGGUUAAGCAUCCAUAUUCCAACAUCCCUGGAGACGUUAGGAUGCAGCAAAAGUCUGGAACAAAAGGCCCCAGCUCAUCGGGCCCAUCUUCAUCCCCUACAAAUACUACCCAAUUGAUAUUCCCGCCAUUCGUUCAGUUUCAAAGUAACCUACGUACUCUUUCGCUUAUUUCUGGAGACGUCCCACCUCCCAGUUCCGCCCCUUCCAUGGUUUCAGAAGCUGCUUUCAUUUCUAGCUAUGUGGUAGAUACCUUUACUAAACUAUAUAGCGAGCUUCUUGUCUAUGAUCCACAGGAGUCUCAGCUUCCUAUCCCAGCGCAACUUCCCUACUCCUUGGCCUCAUUCAGGGUGUACACACUGGUACCCUUUUUCCUCUCUCGCUUCAAACACUAUUCUGUCUCAGUAUAUUUUCAAGGUAAAGACCCUUCGCGAGACUUGCUGGUUGCGUCUCCUCUGGAGACUCUGGUACCAGGCGUCAAAGAAAAGAGCUCUACCCUAUUCACAGCGUUGAAUAUUGACAAGAAUCCUCUAUACAUUCCAGUGACUAAUUACACUAGGAUAGAGCAAGGGUCGGAAUCUGGAACUACGGGUACUGCUGAUUCUACACCUACCAAUGACGCAGAAUCUUAUUACUACCAUCCCCAUCUUGUGGAUGUAGAGGCUGCUGGUGUAAAAUAUAGAUCUACUGCCAAUUGGGCUAGUGUACUUGCCAUGGGGAUGGACUGUAUGGCUGUUAACCCGUACAGUUUCCUCCUUACUCCGUUCUCAUCGUUCGUGCAGAUCUCAAUUCCGUUCGAUAAAUCUUUUACUCCUGACGCCUUGCAGCUCUUCUUGCAAUGUACAGAUAAAGAGGUGUCUCCGAAUAUGGUGACGCUUAUUGAGUUUCCUACGUUGUUUGGUGUUAUACGCGAUAGGAUCCGGAAGCACUUCUUACUAUCUGAGAACCAGGGCGCUGGUGUUCGAAGUCCUCUUCUUCAUAGCCUUAUAGACGACCUUAACAAGAUAGACUCACCUAGCCCGAGCCAGGAUUCACACAGAGGUUCAUACAGAGAGUCCAUGCACAAAGACGAUAGCUCUGUAGACGAGAAUACAAAGCGUUACAGUAUGAAUUUAGGAGGCGACUCGUUCCAAGCUACCUCUAGUGUCAAAGCAACCUCUCUAACAGUGAAGGAUACCUUUGCUUCUCUUUAUGAGCCAAAACCUGGGGUUGAAUCAACGUUUCUACUGGAUCUCUUUGAGUCUGUCAUUCAGGACGAAGCACGUCUACAAACGCCUCUUUCUCUCGGUGUCAUAGAUGUCCUUUCGAUGGAAAAAGCUGAGUAUAAGCCCAAGGAACUCUUUAGCAAACCGCCCUCACGCUUCCUAGCAGAUGAAAACAUCCCUGCGCGUUCUGCCGAUUCGCGACCGACAAUUCUUUCUCGCAAUGCAUGCGCAUCAGGAGCAGCCCCACGUUCUCUGCGCUCUCUCCUCAAUUCCUCUGAUUCAUCCAUGAACAGUUCUAUGAUGUCAGCAGACUCAUCACCCUUUGAUGCUUUAGAAGAAUAUAAUCCAGACCUUAUAUUUGUCAAGCUUUGGGUGUCGGAUCCCGUGCUGGCUGUGAUCCUAAGUGACCAGUUUACAGACCAUGAAGAGGACUUUCUACAAACAUAUGCAACUGAGCGCCAGCUAAAGCUCUAUAGAAUGCUUGAAAAGAAGCAUCCGAGAAAGUACAAUAACGGACGCUAUAAUGUGGGGUCCACAGAAGGAGCAUCGGCUUCCGGUCCAAUUAUUAUUGGAAUGACAGCAACCGAUAUGUCUACAACUCAGGGUGGAAUGGGCCGCGGCAGCUAUCUUGGUGAAGCUGGUCAUAAUUGCUCACUUCGUAAUUCUGGAAUCGGUGGAAACAGUGGAAUCCCUGUCUCUCUGCAAAACAAUAGUGUCAUGCUUCCCCAUCCUACACACGGGCCAACAGCAUCUAUCUACACAGGGAAGACAUCUCGGACGAGGAUGACUGCCAAGGAAGCUGCCGAGCGCCGGCGCCUCCUUAAGUUAGAGCGUAUGCGUUCCAAGAUCUAUGAGUGUAACCAGAACUAUCUCCCUGGUAGAAAGCUUACCAUGUAUAAAGACUAUGACCCAGCAAACUUUCCCCUUGGCAAACCAGAAGCCCCUUGGAACAGUGUAAACAAGGGCGAAACGGCCAUAGACAUACUUAAAGUCGACAUGGCCACACUUAGAACAAUGGAUCGCAAUGAGCUAACAGUCGCCUUGGAUACCCAGGAAAAGAUGAUGAAAACGAUUUCCUUGCUUCCGAGAUUGAGGGAAGCUAGCGAAGCUAAGGCUAAGAGACUUCCAGACAAAAAUAGUUCUGUUGGUAGUAGCAUUAUUGAUAGAGAAGCAUCUGCUCGUAGUGACAAACGGUGUACUCAUCAAGAGUCAACGAAGGGACAACAACCCAACGAUUGCCUGGCGCCUACUCCGAGACUUGGUGACAAUCUUGCCAAUUCUUCACAGGCUAAUCCUUUGACAAGCCUCUUGGAUGCUCCUGAGGUGCAAAUAGGAUCACGUAUCGAUGAAGAGGAAAAGCCGAAGAAGAGCAAGAAGAGUAAGUACAUCCGCGGAUAUCGCGUGAUAGAUGAGACAGAAGCGUAUGCUAACAAGAAUCAUGUCUAUGAACAGGUUCAUUGUGACGUGGGCUCAGAAGAUUCUCUUUUCAACGACGAUCAGCAGAGAUCAACGGAUAUGAGCUACUGCGUUGUUCGACUUACAACCUUGCUGGACCUGGCUAGUGGUGCAUUAGUGCUAAACUUACAACAACUACCACGGUCUGUAUGUGCAUAUGAGCCCUAUAUACCAGAAUAUCCUUCCCUGUAUGGUGAUGCGAAAAUAGUGGGGAAGCGUUCUCCAUCGACCAAUAAAUUAGGCCAAGCAGCUACAAAACAAAUAGACUUGCCCGAAUCGAAGACAACUAUGUCCGUGAAAGAGUCCGCCCAUGCUAGCCAGCACCAGAUUUUGUUUGAAGCAGCCACUACUGGACGUCCAGUAUGGAGACCAAAGAUUAUAUCUUAUGAUUCGUCACAGUCUAAUGCAGAUGUUAAGCAACAAGUAAAGCCUUCUGCAAACGCUGGAUCUUUGGCUGGAGGUGCCAAGCGGCCACUAGAGCCAGCAAAACAGGCUGCAUUGAGUCAGCAAGAGUGUCCCUUACAGCAGGAAGAUAUAGAGUCUCAAGCCGAUGGAGUAGGGUCAACACUUCUCCCACAGAGCAACAUCUUAAAUACAGCGGCUGUGUCUGUUAUUGGCGAAAAGGAUAAGACUUUUCUACCGACUAUAAAGAAGAUUCAAACAGCUUCAAUGUUGCCAACACUCCAAUUGUAUCACUUUACCGCAACACUAUUGAGAAAGAACACUAAGGACGUUAGCCUAAAGCAGGAUACUCCGUCAGAUGUGCACGGUGUGUCCCACGAUAUUAGUCCGCUUCACACAUCUAAUGUUGCGCUCCCCUCUCUUUGUAUCAACGGUGUUAGUCAAGAUGGUUGUUCUGAAAGAUCUCAGCAGGAUCCAGAGAACCUACUUUUAGAACUAUGCGAUCCCAGCCCUGAGAGGCUUCUCAAGCCACGUAAGAUCAAGUCCACCGGAAACAUCCAUUGGGAUCUGGACAACUGGCUGAGCUCAGAAAGUCUUAUUCUGACGUUUAAUGCUGAUUAUCUUCCUGUUGUAGCCCAAACUUCUGAACUAACCUCUCAACGUGAUAGUUCAGCUAUAUGCUUCAUGGAAGUGGUCUUUUAUUUUAUGCAGAACGAGCGAGUUUUUGCCACACAGCGUAGGGGAUUAUCGGUCCUUACCGUUGAUGUUAUCAAGGAGUAUUGCAUGAAUACGCGACUGCCAGCAAACAUCUCUGAACUUGAUAGAUAUGACCUUACCCUGCUCUUUUCCAUCAGCUUCCAUUCUGUCCCGGUUCCACACCCGAUGACCCUUUUAGCUCGCUUGGAAGAAGCAUCAAAAACUCUGGAGGCAGUGGCGCCUUCGGCAACCAAACCAUCAAGCCGCUCCGUUUCAGCAAGCUCCCAAGGAAAAGGAUCUGCCACUGGGGUACAGGAACAAAAUAGCUCUGAUUACUGGAUGAUUGAUGCCGUACAAGAGAGCAGGUUCUUAUUAGAGAAGCAGCUGGAUGUAGAUUUGAUUGAGGCCAAAUUUAGUUUGGACCUGCUUCCCUUUGUACAGAGCUCACACGGCGCAAAUGUGUCUAUUUCUGCUCUUCAGAGAUACACAGGAGAAGUGGGAAUCGCUAAUUUAAAGCUCAAGUCAUAUGAUCUUACAGACCAGAACCAAGGUAGUGAUCCUUCAGAAAAGGUACGGCAGGACCAAGAGAACCACUCUCCUUGUUUGCAAGUUCAAUCUAUUGUUACUCAAGGUGUGCUUACGGGAAUGAUGGGGGUCGUUGCUCUUUUCGAAAUAGACACAUCUGGACCUCAUUCUGCGCGUCCUGUACAGACACCCAUUGCUGUUGCACCUACCAAUGUAUCAGCACCGAUGUCUACUCAAGAUCAGGUUGAUCCAUCAACUGGAAAUGAAAAACCUAACACAGGGGCCGAUCCUGCCAUCUCUUUCAAUAUCUCUAGCAGAGCAGAUCACACGAUUCUCUCGAAGGUCUCAGAUACUACUUUUGUGCGCUUGAUUCCUUGCUUCAGAGACGGAGUUCCUGCGGGGGCAACCAUAUACAUUUACGCUUUGGAUGAUAAUAGUGCCAUUUUAUAUAAGAGAGUGCCGAUUUGUAUCAACGGGUCGCUUGUGCAAUCCGUGGCAGAUCUUAUUAUCCCGACUGAACACAAAACAUUCAUCAUACUAGAAGGGUACAGUAUUUUCCAAGCUGCCACAGAUUUAAAAAGCAAGACACCAAGCCCAUCUGGCCUUUUACCAUUCAAGUUCUCUAUGAUAACCAUUUCAGAUAGUUAUGUAGAUAUUCAGCCACUACGCAUCAACAGUAACCUCUUUCAGCUUCGAAGCCCGUUAAAGCUCAAUGGUGAUGACAAGUCAACUGUUGAACUGAAGUUCUCGAUACCUGGAGGGUAUUGCUUUGCGGAACUGGGGCUGGUAGCAAUCCCAUGUAAGCCUUCUAAGGUUGACGAGCAGCCCAACGCUGAUGUCCCACCAGAUGUAGACAAUAAUGUGGCCCCGUACAACCCAAUGACAGAUGCACCUACCACUGGAGAAGUGUAUCAAUCUACAGAGGAAGAUAUUCUUCCUAUAAAUAUAUUCCACAAGCCUCUUCUUCCUGUAUUUGAAACUACUCAAAAUGCUCCGAGGUCCAAAGGAUCUCCUCAGAAGAAGGUGGCUGAAGAGGAUGUUAAUGUGAAAGUCACUACUGAUAUUAGGGAUGUACUAAAGGAUGACGCUACGCGAAUGGCCGAAUGCACGACAAAACUGAUUCCAUUUUUAUGCUCUGGAUGUCCUCUUAACAGUCGGAGAGUCUGUCUCAUUAACAUCCCACCCAGCGGAGUUGUAGCGUUAAAUGUCUUUGUUCCUGAGGAAGUUGGCAUGAAGUAUGAGGAGGUUAGCAUGCACGUCCAAGCAUUCACCUUUUUGGGAGCUAAUGACGCCCCUCCGGCUCAAACAGACGCAAAGGGGAAGCUUGUAGAUCCAGUGCCAAAUGCAAUCUCCGCAUGUCAAGCUAAUCUUAACGAGUGGAUUUUGCAGCGUCUAUGCACCAGUAUCUGGAGCAGAACUCGCGUGCUCCAAGGCGAGGAGCUCUUAACACGUGCUAGCUACCUACAGAGCGCUGCAUCUGUCCUUCCUCAAAUAACAACUCUCUCUACGUACUCAUUUGUUCCCACCGACGAACUUGUUGCCUAUCUUGAGCAUAAGGAAGAUACUGACCAGGCCAAAGCCAAUACCGCUGACAAAGAUAAGAAGGUAAAGGCACCCCCUCCAAAGAAGAAGGACGCCGAGCCUGUCGUUAAGACCGCGGAGCCCCUAGAGCUCACACUGGAGGGAAUGCAAGGCCAAGAAAGAGAUGACCUAUCCACUGUAAUUGCAACAGAGAUACAAGCCCUUCAAACAUUUACGGUUUCAGUAGGAGCGCCAGCGUCCGAGCGCAAGCAGCCUGUGGUCAAGAAGACCGAUUCAAAGAAAGAUAAAAAUGUGCCGGAGCCUGCCUCAACGAUUAUUGCCGCCUUUAAAGACAAGCUAGUAGCCCCCCGUACACAGGCAGCCAUAGAAUACUUCGAUAUUGAAAUGGUAAGCAAAAAACAUAAAAAUCAAGGCUGA